AUGCGUCGGGCAUCAGACACCAGCAGCAUGCACUCAGAUGCCGAAGACGACGACAGUAAUGGCUUCCCAGACUCCGACGUCUCUAGCAGAAGUUUCCUUCAUCCGGAUGACACUCCAGGAACCAACAGUUCAUCGAGCGGUCGGCGCCGUCAUUUUGCAACAAAAAUAGCCAAGCAUUACCAACGGAGUAAAGAAAGCUUAAAAGAAGCUCGCGAGGACCUUAAGAACAAAGACGAAGAAGGGAGGCCUACAACGUUUGCUGCUGGUCCUACGGAGAAUAUCAUCUCUUACCCGGAUUAUCGCGACUUUAAAUCCAUCGGUGGAUUUGCAAGUGGGCUACAGGACAAAUUAUUUGCGAAAAUGAUAGGAGGGAUAUUACCGGCUGAUGCUGUAGAGCAUUACUCCGGGGCGGGGAGUGAUAAGAGGAAGGAUACGGAGAGACCACAGUUCAGCGUUACGGUGAUGUCUGGGAAUUUUAGGCGAUUUAACCAGAGAAUCGGCGUCGUCUUCGUCCUCCAACAUCGUCUAAUCCGCCUUAUGACAUGGCGAAAACCAACCCAUACACUCUCCGCCCUAGCUCUAUACUCUUUCAUCUGUCUAGAUCCCUACCUCAUCGCCAGCGUCCCACUAGCCGCCAUUCUACUCUUCGUUAUGGUCCCAGCAUACAUCUCCCGUCACCCACCAGCUCCCUCCCGCCUCCCAACAGACCCAUACCCAUCCCGGGGACCACCAAGCGCCAUCCCACCAGAAGUCAAAGCCGUUUCCGAAUUCUCCAAAGAUUUCUUCCGUAACCUACGUGAUCUACAAAACACCAUGGAAGAUUUUUCGGCCGCCCAUGACCAAGUAAUCCAAAUCCUAGGCCCGCCAACUAACUUCUCGUCGGAGACCUUGAGUUCUGGGGUUUUCCUUAUCCUAUCUUUUAUUACUUUGGCAUUAUUUAUAGGUGCUAGACAUGUCCCCUGGCAACCGGUGAUGUUGGUAACAGGUUGGGGGAUAACCAUACUCUGCCAUCCUAGCAUGCAGCAACCGAUCCAAGAUGCACAUAAACAGCAUGUAAUCCCCAGCGAAAAACGAGCUAGAAAAGUGUUCAAGCAAUGGGUAGCAAAGGAUAUAAUCCUUGAUACGAAACCGGACGAACGAGAAGUCGAAAUCUUUGAAUUACAAAGAAAGGAUUCGAACGGCGAAUGGGAGGCAUGGAUGUUUUCUCCACUUCCUUACGAAAAGUUAUCAGCCGCGAGAUUGGCGGGUGAAAAACCAAGGGGGACAAGGUUUUUGGAGGAUGUGAUACCACCGAAGGGAUGGCAUUGGAUGGAUGAGAAAUGGAUGUUGGACCUAGCUAGUAAAGAUUGGGUUGAGGAAAGGUAUUUGGAAGGUGUCGAGGUCGAGAUUGCGGAGGAGAGGUGGGUUUAUGAUAUUUUGACUGGGGACGAAGGGUAUAGAGGCACUGGGGAGUGGAGGAGGAGAAGGUGGUUGAGGACGGUGAGGAGGCAUGUGGUUAAUGAUAAUGGGUUCAUUGCGUAUAACGAUGAUACGCAUAUUGCGUUUUAG